AUGAAACCAGGAGAAUUCCAACAAAAGAACUUUACCGCUUGGCAGACAGAAUAUAAUCAAGCAGCAACAACACAAAGAUUAAAUUGGAAGAAAGAAGAAGGCCAGGCGUUAAUUAUUGAAAAUAAUGCACCAUCACCAAAGACCUCCAAGGCAAAGAGCGAUUGCAAAAUGGGUUGGACAGUUCAUCAAAAGUGA